CUACUUUUUCAUUGGAUUAGCAGACCCGCCUGCUAAUAGAGGACAGUGGGACAGUCUAAGAAAGAAAGAUGGCGUUGUUGGGCUGUUUUCUUCGCUCGGGAAAGAAUGCUAUUUCAGCCGUCCUCCGGAGGGAGUUUCACAAGACGCCGUCUGCUGCUGUGCAGGUGACAGUGAGAGAUGCUCUUAACCAGGCUAUGGAUGAAGAGCUGGAGAGGGAUGAGCGUGUGUUCCUGCUUGGUGAAGAAGUUGCACAGUACGAUGGUGCCUACAAGGUGAGCAGAGGUCUUUGGAAGAAGUAUGGAGAUAAACGCAUCAUUGACACACCCAUUUCAGAGAUGGGCUUUGCUGGCAUUGCUGUUGGUGCAGCCAUGGCUGGCCUGAGGCCCAUCUGUGAGUUCAUGACCUUCAAUUUCUCCAUGCAAGCCAUUGACCAGGUCAUCAACUCGGCAGCCAAGACCUACUACAUGUCAGCUGGGCUGCAGCCUGUGCCCAUUGUGUUCCGAGGUCCCAAUGGUGCAUCUGCAGGAGUAGCAGCUCAGCACUCACAGUGUUUUGCUGCCUGGUAUGGCCACUGUCCUGGGUUAAAGGUCAUAAGUCCCUGGAAUGCAGAGGAUGCCAGGGGGCUCCUUAAAUCAGCCAUUCGUGAUGAUAAUCCAGUGGUGGUACUGGAAAAUGAGCUGAUGUAUGGUGUGGCCUUUGAGUUGUCUGAGGAAGCACAGUCUAAAGACUUCACUAUCCCCAUUGGAAAGGCAAAAGUUGAGAGAUCAGGAAGUCACAUCACUCUCGUCUCGCAUUCCCGAAUGGUUGGUCAUUGUCUUGAUGCUGCUGCUGUCCUGGCCAAAGAGGGGAUUGACUGUGAGGUUAUAAACCUUCGCACCAUCAGACCCCUUGAUGUAGAAACUAUUGAAACCAGUGUGAUGAAAACCAACCACCUGGUAACAAUUGAGGGAGGCUGGCCCCAGUUUGGAGUUGGUGCUGAGAUUUGUGCCAGAAUCAUGGAGGGUCCUGCAUUCAAUUACCUGGAUGCCCCUGCUGUCCGAGUUACUGGAGUGGACAUCCCCAUGCCAUAUGCAAAGAUUUUGGAGGACAACAGCAUACCACAAAUCAAAGACAUUAUUUUUGCAGUGAAAAAGACACUGAAUGUGUAGUAGGCAGCAAAACCCUGUGAAUUGUCCACCUGUAACCCUCCCCCCCCCUUCAGGAAACUUGGCAUUUAAAACCCAUUGUGAUUUCCUCAUAGCUACCAACUAAUAAGCCAGAAAGGAUAUAUGAAGAGUAGUUAAGAAACUGAAUUUUAUAACUGUCUGUUACAUGAUGGGUCUCAACCAAUAGUCAAUUGGUUAUCGUCUUGUAUCUGCAAGAUGUCCUUUGUCAUAAGUGUCUUGACAGUGCAGGACAAGAGUUCCGAGACCGCUGGAGCACAAACUAUGUAGUAUUUUAAGUACAUUACAUUAAGGGUAGGUAGUGACAGCCUUGGCAUAGAGGAUUCAAUUGCAACAAAACUGAGCAAUAUUUGUGCCAUACAAAAGCCAAUAAGGGUAUAAGACUUGGGCAAAGUAGAUAGAUUCAGUUUCUCUGAAAAUUUGUCUAAUAGUUGGCAGAAUUGGUUCAGUUCCAGUCCCAAAAUCCUGCUCGAACCAUGGUAUUCCUUUUUCACAACGACCAGUUAUUUACAUAAUUACUGAUAUAAAUUACUCGGAUAAGUCCAUAAUACAGGUGUUUUGAGUGUGUGUGUGUGUGUGUGGGGGGGGAGUCAAAUUAACAUGGCAGUCAUGCAUUGGUGGCCUCAGAAACAGUCAUUUUAGUAGUGAUUACAGCACUAAAUGGUAGCUACUUUGCUUAUGUUUAUUUAAACAGGCAUUGUGUAUCUACAUAAAAUAAAUGACUAAAAUCAAUGAAAA